GAUUUAAGGGCAAAGAUGGCAAAGAAGGGUGGAGACGAGAAAGACUUAUUCGAGGACCCAGCCCCAACUAGCGAUUUCGAUCGAGAUGAAGAUCAACUAGAGACGAUUCCUUGUGACCGUGGUGGUGGGAUGGAGGAAGAGAAGGGCGUUGGCCAUCGCAGGAGGAAGGAAAGUAACAAACGCAAUCCGGCCGUUGGUAUCUUGCGCAUCGACACAUCCGCUACUGCUGCUGCUGGGGCCGCCACCGGAUUCGACAGUCGCCGGAAGAGUUCAGCCAGUUCAGUUGGAGAUUUCCGUUGCGGUGGCGCCACCUUAAAUCCUCAACAGGCGGAUGAGGAUAGAUCUCCACUGCCAUCGGCCGAUCGCCUUUCCGUCAGUUUCAUCAUGGCCGAGAGGGCAGACGCAUCCAGCGUGGGCACACCAUCCGUCAGGAUGGAUUCACCUCUCAGCGCCAUCCACCAUCUAUCCAAUCAUCAACCCCACUACUUGGAUAUCGAUGACGACUAUGAUGACGAUGAAUAUUCAAUUGCGGCCUCGAGUAUCCUGCAACAUCAACGACGCUCCGCUGUAGGAGGAAGGUCAAGUUUCCAUCGACGUACGAGGUCUCUGCGUCGUGGACGCCGACCUUCGUCGCCCUUUCCGGGCGAUGAAUUGUCCUCCAUGGGCGGACGUAGACGCACUUCACGCGGCCUCUCCGUCGCCACCAUCAGCUCGGCCGAGAUUGGAAUGGAAGAGACGGGCGGCGGCAAUCAUUUUUACGACCAACAAGAGCAGCGUGAAUCCGAAUCAGCCGCUGCCCUUGAGCACGUCGCUCUGCAUAAGGAAGUGGUGCAGAACAUGCGCUAUCAGCCGUGGGACAUGGGCCGCAAGUUGAGAGUCUUGCGACGGGCUAAAUCGUUCGUCCGCCAACACGAAGGAGCCCUCCAGCAGCGGCUGGCCGAAUCACGGACAGCUAAAGAUGUUUUCGCCCGCGGACGUCUACUGCUUGCCAAAGCCGUUCAAUUGAGCGUGCGGGAAAUUCGAAAUUUGAUUUCGUUCUUGGUGCCGUGGGAAGCGCGAAUCAAAGAAAUCGAAUCGCUUUUCGGAUCGGCUGUCGCUUCCUAUUUCACUUUUCUGCGUUGGGUCUUUUGGAUCAAUUUGGUAUUGACGACCUGCUUCGCCAUCUUUGUCGUCGUGCCAGAGGUAUUGGCCACUGAAUGGGACGUUAGCGGCGAACGUAAAGGAUUACUGCCGCAAGAGAAACGGACGGCGACGGAUUUGCAAACCUUGUGGGAUUUCGAAGGCAUCCUCAAAUACUCGCCCAUCUUUUACGGUUUCUACAGCAACGCUUACGAGACCAACGAAGGAUAUAAAUUGCCGUUUGCCUAUUUCUUCACUGGACUCGUCCUCUACAUGUACAGCUUCGUCGCUAUCCUCAGAAAAAUGGCCAAGAACUCGAGGAUGGCCAAAUUAUCGGACAAAGACGACGAAUGCACUUUUACCUGGAAAUUAUUCACCGGAUGGGACUUCAUGAUCGGUCAUCCGGAGACGGGCGAGAACCGACGUUCGGCCAUCACGUUGGGGUUCAAAGAGGCAUUGCUGGAGGAAGCGGAAAAAGAACGGGCGACCGAGAAAUUGACUCGCAACGUCAUCUGUCGACGUUUGGCAGCCAAUUUUCUCGUUCUCGUCCUGCUCUGCUCAUCGGCCUACAUCGUCGUCUUGGUCGUCGAGCGAUCCACCGAGCCGGAAGCCGAAUCCAGUUGGUGGCGUCAGAACGAAAUCACAGUCAUCCUCUCACUCAUCUCCAUCAUCUUUCCGAACAUUUUUGAGCUGAUUGGAAUCAUGGAAACGUAUCAUCCGCGCAGGCAAUUGCGCUGGCAAUUGGCGAGGAUCAUGAUAUUGAACUUACUCAACUUGUACACGCUGAUCUUCGCUCUGUUCGGGAAAGUGAACGCCAUGACGAGUCGAUUGGCCGUCAUGAAAUCCAACAUUAGCCGGCAAGGAUUGAAUAUAGCCGAUUUACUGGAACACGAGGACAAAUCGUCCUCGUUAUUGUUGACGCCCAUUUUCAAUUCCACGUCGGAGACGAACGCCUUUUACGACGUCACCCAACCGACGACCCUCUUCAUCUUGAACGCCACAGAGAAUCCAGUUGAUAUGGAAACGUACGGCGCAUCAACUGAACCGGUGACGGAUCAGCAAGACGACGAGAAACAAUCUCUGACUGGAACCUGUUUCCAAAUGAUGGUCGAUUGUUCCACCUUGGAAAUACCGACGGAAGCUCCAACUGCGUCCAUCAGCACGAAUUCGCCUGUUGCUACGACAACGACGACGACCACGACCACGACUUUCAUUUCGGAAGAAGACGAACUCAUUUACGACGACGAAGAAGAUUACGAAAAUGUUCCAGAACGUCUGAAACGGCAGGCGCUUUUAGACCAGGCAGAAACGACGACUGGCAAUCCGUCGUCGUUGAAAUCUACUCCGCAAAGUAUCGGACGACUGUUGGAUUCCCUCAAUUCGAUCCUGCGCAAUUUGAAACGCAACACGACCAUCCGCAUUCCGUACACGACGCUGCCCAUUUCGACGAGCACAGAGCCAGUGCCUACAACCACAACUCCGGCUGCCGUCGAUGCCAAAACAUCGGAAGCGACCGGUACGCCGGAAUCGCUCGACGAUCUCAUGCGUUGGCACACGGCUGGAUUGAUUUUGACGACGCAAGAAGAGGAGGAUGUCGAAGACAAUUCUUCAUUGGCCAGCAGCAUUUACUAUGACCUGUUCAUUUUUAAUCAAACCGAUCCGCCGGAUGAGUUGAUUGCGACAGGCAAUGAUACGGCAACCACCCAACAUCCGGUCGCUUCGAGUGAAAGUCCCAUCCGGAACAUGUGCCCGUUGGUUGUUUGUCCGUGGAACGACACUGUCGGCUAUUUCAGCAGUUUAACGACCAACAUUCCAGGAGAAGAAGAAGACGACCAUAAUGGGACCAGUAAUGGAGUGCCGUGUCGCGGUGAUAAUCCGCAAGGAUGCACUCCAUUUUGGACGAGUUCUAGAGAUGAAGACAUCACAUCGUUUCAUUCAUCUGUCCACUUUUCCAGCAGCACUACUCUGCCAAACGAAGAAAUGGCGGCGAUUAGCAAAAUGCCAAGACCGACAUUGGAUCCAACGACCCGUUUGGAACUGCGCAAACUCUGCUGGGAAACCAUGUUCGGCCAGGAACUCGUCAAAUUAACCAUCAUGGAUCUGGUGUUCACGACGAUAUCGAUUUUAAUAAUCGACUUCAUCCGGGCCAUUUUCGUCCGCGUCUUCAACGGAUGUUGGUGCUGGGAUUUAGAAAAGUACUUUCCUCAGUACGGCGAAUUCAAAAUCGCUGAAAAUAUCCUGCAUCUCGUCAACAAUCAAGGCAUGGUUUGGAUGGGCAUGUUCUUUUCGCCUGGACUACCUGCCAUCAACAUCUUCAAACUUUUCCUGCUGCUCUACAUUCGUUCGUGGGCCGUGCUGACGUGCAACGUGCCGCACGAAGUCAUUUUCAAAGCUUCACGUUCCAACAACUUUUACCUGUGGCUCUUGCUGAUUAUGCUCUUCCUCUGCACUCUGCCCGUCGCCUACGCCAUCGUUUGGCUCGAGCCGUCGUGGCAUUGCGGCCCGUUUAGCGAAUACUCCCGCAUCUUUCACGUCAUGACGCAGAGUUUAUUGAAGGCGACGCCCGACAGUCUUCACUGGGUUCUCAGCUACAUCGCCUCGCCCGGCGUUGUCAUUCCGCUGCUCGUUCUUCUCAUCUUGGUCAUCUAUUAUUUGGUGUCACUCAGCUCGUCGCUCAGAGAGGCCGUCACGGAUCUGCGGACGCAACUCAGACGUGAACGAGAUGCUGAACGCUUGAAAACGCGCCAGAAAAAGGAAGAAGAAGCUGCUGCUACUGCUGGACCAGCUGUUCCCGACGCUGCAGCCGCAAAGAUAAUCGCCCAAUGGAGGAAAGCUGUGCCUUUCGUUCCGACUAAAACUCAAACGAGUUUGCCCCAAACUUUGGCUAAAGAAGCCGUUGAAAAACGAAACGAAGGAGGUUGUCCUGAAUCGACGCAUCAACGCGCAGGACCGGUAAUUCAAGUAUCUCCUCCGGUACAGCCUACGGUGACGGGACGUCACGGCGGCAGACGGGCACAGCCAGCCAAUAACGUAAGACCAACAGGCCGCAAAGCUUCAGCCGGACCAGAAGCACGUGCUGAACCGGUUGUUGGAUACACCGACGGAAGUGAUUUGGAUAUAAGCGAUUCGUUGCCGCGAGAUAGUCCUGCCUUGAACGGUCGUGGACCUGCUGCUGGGCGGCCAGUCGAGCCAUCGGCCAGUCCACCUGCUCAGCCGGUCUAUGCAUCGGUGGUCAAGAAGACGAAGAAGAAAUCGAGCAGCAGUCCGCCGAGAGUAGGAGCCAAACCGAGUCGGACGUCAAUUGGCCAGUCGACAGCAGUCCAGCCAACCGGAAACACGAUGACUGAAGCGCCACGUUCUCCGGCUAGAAUUCCGCUCAUCCGCAUCAGCCAAACGGAAAGUGUGGAGCAAGCCGAGAAGAAUCCCACAACUCCGAUUACAGACAACUCAUCGGCGCAGGAUGGCACGGCUCACGUGACUGGACUGGUAGCGACAUCGCCCACCAAGAGCGGUGCCCUCAAUUUGAUUUUACAGCGGGCCAAAGAAAGACGGGCAGCGGCCAAACAGCCAAUGGUUAUCAGCGAGUCGACGGCCGAUUUGGUGUUGAACAUGGAAGAAACGGCUACUGAGAACCAGCCAGUCGUUGAUGAAAAGGUUAAAAGGAUGGGCAAGUUAAAAACUCGUAUCAAGGGUCCUGGAAACAAAGGAAAACGAUGGGCAAAAGGGCAGAGUAGCAGUUCCAAUCCGACUAUAAAAAAACAUCGUGAUGUGGCCAAAACCAGGUUUUUCCAGCCAUUCUUGUUCGGCCCGCCUGCUGGCCCAACACAAAAAAGUGGUUUAACUGAGGAGGCAUUGAAGCAACACACUUACGCAUCAGAAUCGCUCAAGCCCAGUGAUCCUAGUGCUGCUGUUGAAGUCAUAACUUCUCCACCGUCGGUGUGCCAGGGAGAUUUUGAGGAUGAUGAAACUUAUUCCGUCAUUUCUGGGCGCACGUUUCGCUCCAGCAGUUCAGUCAAGACAUUUGCUACAGGUUUUUCCAACUGCAGCAAUGUAUCAUUCAAUAAAUUACAUAGAGGUUUUACACCUACCUCUGCUCUGCACAGAGAAAUGUUGGCUGUCCUUGCAGCUGUUUCUGAAGUCAUUAAGCAACAAGGAGGCAAAGAAACUGACACGGAAUACUUUGCUGUUCUGAUGACGACUCUGGAAGUGGCUGAAACUAGCGAAGACUCACUUGGCGCCACCCUAGCUCUUUUGGGUAUGGUUAUCAAGCGAGUCCCAUCCAACGUUCUCAAAGCCAAGUUCUCAACAUCAGCAAAAAGUCUGCUCGACUUGCUUGGCCGUUACAUCGAGAGCGACAACAGUCUGUUGGUACGCUCACUAGUAGGUUGUCUUGGCGUUCUUCUUCGAAAUCAGGAUGCUUCGGCCUGGUCCACCUCUUCCACCUUACAAAUUUACGAUGCAUUGCUAACAUUUGUGGCAAGCCCUAAGCCACAGGUCCGCAAAGCCGCUCAACACGCAAUUUGUUCCAUUCUCAAAGGCAGUACCUUUCUAGUUCAAGACGAAAACGCUCCUGUAUUGCACCCAGUCGCAGCGCGCACAGGCAAAUAUUGUUUAGCGUUCAUAGAAGAGCACGGAUACGGCAGCGAACCUUCUCCUCUGCUUCAUCUCUUGAACUUGUUGAAAGAAAUUGUAGCUGUAUUGCCCCAAAGCGAAGUGAAGCCCUUGUGCGAAUCGCUGCUCAAACUGAUGACGCUGAACAAUGUACUGGUCUCUUCAUGCGCCAUGCAGUGCUUUCACAGCAUGUUCGUAUGCCGGCCAAGGACGGUCACAUUGUCUGCCGAUCUGAAUGCCCGUCUCAUCACCGCUCUUUACGAUUAUCAACCUUCGGCUAGUGACACACAACCGCUACGCGGAUGGUUGAGUGUCAUGACACAAGCACUUCUUAACCUUGGCCGGCUGGACUCACUCCUCUGCGUUGGGCAUCUUCCUCGCUUCUUCAGCGUCGCCACCGCUCUCUGGUCGAGCGAUAAAAUGCCAGUAGUUAUGUCAGUCACCCCAUCACUGGCAUCGUUGAUCAGCCAGUGCUUGGAACCAGCCUUUAAUCAGCCAGAAAAUGUCGCUGCAGUCACAUCGGUUGCUGAGAAAAUCACUCGAAGCGUCGAACAAAGUCUGGGUUACCAAACUGUUAACGCCUGGAAGUACGUCAUUCACUUGUGUACCACAUUAAUCGAAGGAGUCGGCAAAACGCGGCCGGAAAUCGCGAAAAAUUUAAUCAAAUCACUGGCCAGUUUACGUGUUUCGCCACGUUUUCCACACGAGGCCGAAGUGGAUUUUGCUGUUGGCAAAGCUGUUCGAGUUUGCGGGCCGCGAUUCCUCUUGAAAUGCAUCCCUUUGGGCAUCACUGGCCGUGAAAAGGACUCGUACGAAUUCCCCUACAGUUGGCUCUUGCCGAUUUUGCGUGAAAACAUUCAGAACACGGAACUAGGAUUCUUCAUCGAAUACUUUUUGCCGUUGGCGCAAACCUGUCAUUCAAGAGUCCCCCAAUGCAAAGAAGAACAGGAUCGUGUAGGUUUCCGGGUCUUCGACCUCCUCCAGCGGCAAAUGUGGGCCCUGUUGCCGGGCUUUUGCAAGUGCCCGACGGACGUCGACACAGCGUUUAAAAAGAUCGCCAAGUUGUUGGGACACGCCCUCACCGAACGCCCCGACAUCCGUAUGGAGGUGAUGGCUGCUCUUCGUCAGCUCAUCAUCCAUUCAAAAACUGACGAAAAAAUUCGCAUCGAAGUGUCACGCUAUGCCAAGAAUUUUAUACCUUUACUCUUUAAUCUGUUUACAACCAAAUCGACCACGGAUGAGGAAGAGUCGCAACGUGAAUCCGUGUUCCAGACGGUGACGUACUACCUACAGGUAGCUGACAUUGAACUACUUCACUCACUCUUCGACAAAGCCAAGGAGAAAAUGACGACAGCAUCUGCCAGUUUGAAAUCGGAGGAUAAGGCUGUGGCGGAAGAGAAUCUCUUCAUCUGGGAGUCGGUGCUGGCCUUGUUGCGGGCCUUGGUGGUCUACCAAGAUGCAGACCGAGUGGAAAGCUUCGUCCAGCUCUGUCUUCCCUGGAUAAUGGGAAGUGAAUCCAAACCUCAGAAGAAAGCUUAUCGCAUCGUGGAGGAAAUUGUCGGUGCUGAUGAGGCGAGUGAGUGUGGCCGUCACGUUCGUGCAAGUUUGAAUCGCAUCGUUAAACUCUUCACCACCUCGAGAGACAUCGUCAAGGCGCCCAGCAAAGCGUCGAGGUUGCGCACCCUGUCGCGCCUGGUUGCCCUACUGGCUGAACAGCCACCAACGGCUCCAAAUCGGCGUUUCUUGGCCGCGUCAGCUUCAGAGGCAGCACUAGCCGUCAAAGGAGUCGGCGAAAAGGUCAAAGGCGCUGCUUUCGCGCUGCUCAUCGAUGUCGGACGAGUCUUCCAGAAAUGGUCCACAGAUCCACAAGUCGCAGUGAAAGAUUACAUCACCAAAUUGAUGAAGGGAAUGGGCAGCGAUGAUGACGCACACGUAGCUACUGCUGUUACAUCCGUCACUUACGUUGUCCAUGAAUUUGCCUCAAAUUGUACGGAAGAACUGAUCGACACUGUCCUCGAACGUAUUUGUGCCUUGUUGGUGACAGAAAACCGCGACGUCGUCCUUGCUUGUCUCGUUUUCAUCCGGAUGUUUACCGUCACCGUCCAUUCGCAGCGAUUGCCUUUGUAUUUGAAGCGCUUGAUUGACAGUCUAAGCCAAAUGGAUGAAGAGCUCAAGCGCGUCUUUCUCAUAAAAACCCGUGAUAUUUUCAUCCGAUUGAUUCGCAAGUGUGGAGCCGAUUUGGUCAUGAAACUCGUCCCUGAAGAUGACGUCGUCCUCCUCAAGCGUUUGAAUAACAUCCGUAAAAUAGAAGCUCGUAAAAAGAAGCAGAAAGAAGAGCGGAAAGCGGAAGGAAAUGAAGAGGAAGAUGACGAGGACGAGACUGAAAUGGCCACCCAACCCAAGACAAUGGAACACGUUUUGGCCGAUAGUGACAGUGAUCUCGAGGAUGAAGAAGACGACAAAGACGUCAGAAAGAAAAUGCCCAAGACGUGGAUUCAAGAGGAGGAAGGAUCCAUUGUCGACUUUUUGGACCCAGCCGCAGCGAAAAAGGUUUCAGCCACCAAUCCGGCGCGUUCCAUGCCAGGGCAGUUUGACGCCGAAAAGAAGAAGAAGAAGGAAAGCAUCUUCAAAACGGCACCUGACGGCCGGAUGAUUAUUGACGAUGGCGGAGACUCGUCUGACACUUCGCAAGAAUCUGACGUCGACCUGAGUCGAGCGUUGGACAAAAUGGAGGUUGACCGUAAACGCAAAAAGGACGACCGUGAAUCCAUUAAUGACGAUGAAGAUGAACCGUCAUUCAAGUAUCAAGCGGGUGGAUCUGGUAUCCAUCGGCCUGUUGCCAUUGCCGCCAAACCAUCGGUCAAACGGACCGUUCAGAAAUUGACGGCCAAACAGAGAGCCAAACAGAGCCAAGAAAAAGUGAAACCGGUGGAUUACGGAGCCGAGUUCCGUAGCUCCAAGGCGCGAGGAGACGUGAAACGCAAAGGUCAACCUGAUCCAUUUGCUUACGUGCCGUUGAGUCGGAAUGCGCUCAACAAAAGGAAAAAAGCCAAGAUGAGUGGCCAGUUUAAAGGUUUGGUACAAGCAGCUCGCAAAGGAGCAUCGGCCGGCACGAAAAUCCGGGGUAAAAGCCAUCAAGCCAAGAAGGCAAAUUAAAAAUUACGUUAUUCUCACUUGUGAAUGGCGGAACCACGUGAAAUCAUUCGACAUCAUUUGAAGAAGCAUCCAACACAAACGACAGAAAUCAGGUUAAUAGUACUAGAGUGGAGUAAUGUCAUUGGCGACAUCGUAGACGCACGUCCCUUUUAGCGGGCUGCAAACGAGUCCUUCAUUGGCGUCACACGGACACAAAACCUUGGUUUUAAAAAAGAGAAAUUUUUUGGUCUCUAAUUGGCAACAAUUCAAUGAAAUUCAAACCUGAUGAGCAUCUUUAA